AUGCCAAACCUCGUUGUCACUGCAACUUUCAGCCCUCCAGCUUUCAGCAUUGUUGGUUCACCGCUGCGGGAGGAUACGAUUAAGCACAUGGAGGAACGUAUUCCCACCGUGCUUUCCACUGCACUCAGCCGUUCUCGUGAACCUUCUUAUUUUGUGCACAGCAAAAACCCCGAAUCAUGGAAGAUGGAAUUAAGUCAACACUUUUGUGACGAACUGCACCGCGCCGCCGUGUCUCUCGUCAUCAUUGAGUGCCUUGACGCGGAAGGUUGGGUUUUACGCACCAGCAGUUCUUCUCAGGAUACUAAUGAAGGUAAAUGCUGCAUUAAGUUUUAUUUCACUCGCUCUUAG